GGGGCCUUCAGUAGUAUAUAAACACUGGGGGAACAGGUCACUGCGCGGCUUCACACCAUCUUCGCUUCUUGAGCUUCUUACACUUCACGUAUACCGUCUCAAAAUGGCACCAAAGAAGGCCAAGAGGAGGGCAGGAGGAGGAGAGGGUUCCUCCAAUGUGUUCUCCAUGUUUGAGCAGAGCCAGAUUCAGGAGUACAAGGAGGCUUUCACAAUCAUUGAUCAGAACAGAGACGGUAUCAUCAGCAAAGACGACCUUAGGGACGUGUUGGCCUCAUUGGGCCAGCUGAAUGUGAAGAAUGAGGAGCUUGAGGCCAUGAUCAAGGAGGCCAGCGGUCCAAUCAACUUCACCGUUUUCCUCACCAUGUUCGGAGAGAAGCUGAAGGGUGCUGACCCCGAGGACGUCAUCGUGUCCGCAUUCAAGGUGCUGGACCCCGAGGCUACAGGCUCCAUCAAGAAGGAAUUCCUUGAGGAGCUCCUGUCCACUCAGUGCGACAGGUUCUCCGCAGAGGAGAUGAAGAAUCUGUGGGCCGCCUUCCCCCCAGAUGUGGCUGGCAAUGUUGACUACAAGAACAUCUGCUACGUCAUCACACACGGAGAGGAGAAGGAGGAGUAAAAGGCAGAGGAGAAAAGAAAAAUGAAGAGAUGAAUACGCAUCCCUCGCUGCUUUACACUCCUAGUCCGUUCCUUGUCCUCCUUCUCACUUUGUGUUACUUCCUAAUCUUUCUUUCCAUCAUAUGUGUUACUCAAGCACUUACGCUCUCUAUCUCUCCCGAAUUCUGCUCUCAUUCAAAAUCAAAGACUUGUCUCACUGAGACUCAAUUGGGAGGGUGGAGAGACUGAUGACCACAGUGUCUGUCAGUGGGGACAUGGAAUUGUUUCAAUAAAACAUUUUAACAUCAUUUCCAUAGCUCUCACAUACUCUCUCUCUCUCUCUCUCUCUCUCUUUCUCACGUAUUACCAUGACCAUCCCGUCUAAAGCAUGCAUAGAUGUUGCAACAUCUGCUGUUAAUUUGAGGUUGGAACUGAAUAUAGCUCCUUUCUUUGGCUGAAACAGCCAAAUCUGAAAGAAUUUUGCAAGCCCACUCUCGGGAAGAAGCAAGGUUGAUGUGAUCUCACUCUAUAAUAGAGGAGCCUAUCACAACUCUUCCACCGCUAGUUGACUGCAACAGAGAACUAACAGAGAAAAAAGGAGUACGUGAGGUUUGUACAGAGAGAUCUUGAUAUCCUAAAAGUGAUACCAAGUUAUCAUGGAGGGAGUUAAGAAAGGCAGGCCGUCCAAGGAAGAGGAGAGCGAGGACUGAAAGAAAACAAAUCUUCUUUACUCCCCCUCUCCCCUCCUCUUCCAUAUUGCUAUGUCCAUGUCUUUUUUUAAUUUACCCACUAUUUGCUUUCUGCAUCUGGGCCUGCUUUGCCUUGUCAAACACUCUUCUGUAACCAAUAAAAAUACACAAACUGUGAAUAAAACAUCUAUCUUUUGUA